AUGGAUGCAGAAUUCAGUAUCAAUAACAGUUAUGUUUACAAUGAGAUCCAUCCCUGUUACGAAUCUAAUAAUGCAACUUACAUAUUUAUAAAUCAGCCGUUUACAGGAUGUGUAUUAUUAUACAUGUUCCUUGGGUUGUUAUGUGUCGUCACAAUAUGUGGGAACUUUCUGGUAAUAAUCUCCAUUAUUUACUUCAAACAGCUUCACACUCCAACUAACUACCUGAUCCUCUCUCUGGCUGUGGCUGAUCUGCUUGUCGGUGUUGUUGUGUUUCCUUUCAGCAUGGCGUUCACAGUAACCUCAUGUUGGUAUCAUGAUGAUAUGUUCUGCAAAAUACGAGGCAGCGUUGAUGUGACCCUGAGCACUGCUUCUAUUCUCAACUUAUGCUGCAUCUCUGUUGACAGAUAUUAUGCAGUGUGUCAUCCUCUCACUUACAGAAGUAAAAUACAUAAUCAUGUUAUUGUGCUGAUGAUCCUGGUGAGUUGGAGUGUUUCUGCUCUCAUUGGAAUCAGCAUCGUAAUUGCAGGAUUCAAUCAAGGCAAAUGUCAAGAUCGAUGUUUAAUAGAUGCUCUUAUAUCGACCACUCUGGCGUGUAUUUUUUCGUUUUACAUCCCUGUGAUCGUCAUGCUGUGCAUUUAUCUGAAGAUUUUCCUCGUAGCACAGAAACAGGCAAACACCAUCCACGGCACAAAGACCAGAGCAACAGUCAGUAAGAUGGAGAAAAAAGCAACCAAAACUCUCGCCAUCGUUCUGGGAGUUUUUAUCUUGUGUUGGACUCCUUACUUUGUUUGUAUGAUUUUUCAGCCUUUAACACAUGAAUUCACACCGGUUUCUGUAAUUGAAUCACUGAACUGGCUUACUUUGUCAAAUUCAAUGCUUAAUCCUUUUAUUUAUGCGUUUUUCUACAGCUGGUUCAGAUCAGCUUUCAAAAUGAUCAUUUCGGGAAAAAUAUUUCACUGUGAUUUUUCCAACUCAAAACUGUUUUAA